AUGUUAAAGCUGCAUCAGCAAAGGGACGUGCCGCCAGUGUUUGGGAAGCCGUGGUACUGGCAGCGCAGCAGCGCGGUCAUGGACGGCACCCGUAGCCUUGCGCACGUCGUGAUGGAAAUGCGCGAAGAGAUCAAGAAGCUGGAGACGGAGAGCCGCGACCCGAGAGGGCCCUACAGCCAGCGGACUCACUGGGCCAAAGCGGCCCAUGCGAGCAUGGCCCAUAGCACGGUGGUGGAGGAGAACCCCUAUCUCAGCCUGCGGAGGAACGCGUCUGCCCCUGUGCUGGAGGGACCGUUCAAAGAGAACAAUGUGAUGACUGUGAGGAGGUACUCAAUGGGCACUAGCCUGGCUUCUGUGCCCACGAGAGAAGGUUCCAGGAGAGCUGACUCUGGGUGGGAAAGACUCCAAGAGGAGAUCCAUCAUGGGAACAGCAUUUUCGAAAGUCCCUCCCACAACAGGCACUCUCUUCAGGACUAUGUUCAUAAGAACAGAGCCAAAGUAAAGACCGUUAGUUUCCUCCUGCCUGUAGAUGACAUUUAUACCAACCGACCGGUUUUGCCAAAGCACCAGGACGAGAACACGCAUCAGUCACAGUGUAUCUCUCAAACAGAUUCUUGA